AUGUCCAAAAUAUCCAUUUUACAAUCCUUACUACUAAUUGGUGUGUUCUUUGUGACGGGCUCGGAACAACAGCGCAACCGCUGUUUAGGAGUUCCGGAUGGAACGUUCGUCAACGAUUUCAGUGAUUGCGAUGCCUAUUUUGUUUGCACCCGAAAUAACAUGGUCCGAGGCCGCUGCCCAACGGGAUUUUAUUUUAGCGAAGAGACACAAAAGUGUGAACAUCCGUGGAACGUAACUUGUCUUUUGUGUAGAAUGCCUGAUAAUGAUGAUGAUAAUGAUUACGAAGGAAGUGGGGAAGAAAAUGGAAGCGAUUUUCCGGAAAAUUUCCCAAUUGCACGUGAAUGCCGAAAAUACACUGCAUGUGCCGAUGGUGAAGGUUUCCUGAUGGAGUGCUCACCGGAUCUCAUGUUCAAUCCAGAUCCAGCAGUCCGAGCAUGCGAUACACCAAGUGACGACAUUUGCAUUGAGAGUGUAUGCCCAAACAAUGUCAAUCCAUCAGUGCCAACUUUUGUACCAGAUUUAUUAGACUGCUCCAGGUACCAUAUUUGUUUCGAAUGGAAUGCAGUUGCUGUAAAUCAGAGCUGCGCAGGCGACCUGCUGUUCAAUCCAAUCACUAGGGCGUGUGAUGUGCCGGAAAAUGUGGAUUGCGAUCACAUCUUGCCGACUCCUCCAACUACGUGCAGACCAACCGGAAUUCACUACAUUCCUGCGGACGCAUGUGACCAAUUCUACGUUUGCGUAAAUGGCGAACGUGUUGAACCGGCUCAAACAUGUCUUGGAGGAACAAUAUUCGAUAUUAUCACAAUGACUUGCCGAGAAGAAUCAGAUGAAACUGAAUGUAUCACGGCCAGUAGAAAAUUGUUCGACGCACUCGAUUUUAUCUCUUGA